GGCCGCCCGCACCUUGUCUGGGCGCGAUGGCGGAGGAGCGGGCGCUCGCCAUGGUCACCUGCACGGCCCCUGUCAACAUCGCCGUCAUCAAAUACUGGGGCAAGCGAGACAACGACCUGAUCCUGCCCAUCAACUCCUCCCUGAGCGUGACGCUGCACCAGGACCAGCUGAAGACCACCACCACGGCCGCCGCCAGCCGGGAUUUCACAGAAGACCGGCUGUGGCUGAACGGGGAGGAGGCCGACGUGGGGCACCCCCGGUUGCAGUCCUGCCUACGAGAGGUGCGGCGCCUGGCCCGUAAGCGCCGUGGUGACAGCGCCGAGGACGCGGCCCCCCCGCUCAGCCUCUCCUACAAAAUCCACGUCGCCACCGAGAACAACUUCCCCACCGCCGCCGGGUUGGCAUCCUCCGCCGCCGGCUACGCCUGCCUGGUGUCGGCGCUGGCGCGGCUGUACGGCGUGGAGGGCGAGCUGUCGGAGGUGGCGCGGCGCGGCUCGGGCAGCGCCUGCCGCAGCAUGGCGGGGGGCUUCGUGCAGUGGGAGAGGGGCGAGCGGCCCGACGGCAGGGACAGCCUCGCCCACCAAAUCGCCCCCGAGACGCACUGGCCGGAGCUGAGGGUCCUCAUCCUGGUGGUCAGUGGGGAGAAGAAGCAGGUGGGCAGCACGGUGGGGAUGCAGAGCAGCGUGGACACCAGCCCCUUGCUGAAGCACCGGGCCGAGGCGGUGGUGCCGGCUCGCCUGGCGCUGAUGGCGCGGCACAUCCGCGAGCGGGACUUCGAGGCCUUCGGGCAGCUCACCAUGCGGGACAGCAACCAGUUCCACGCCACCUGCCUCGACACCUUCCCCCCCAUCUUCUACCUCAACGACCUCUCGCGGCACAUCAUCGCCCUGGCACACCGCUUCAACGCCCACCACGGGCGCACCAAGGUAGCCUACACCUUCGACGCCGGCCCCAACGCCGUCAUCUUCACGCUGGCCGACACCGUGGCCGAGUUUGUGGAGGUGGUGAGACGCAGCUUCCCCCCCGCUGCCAACGGGGACCAGUUCGUGCGGGGGCUGCCCGUCGGCUCGGCCUCGCUGCCGGAGGAGCUGGUCGCGGCCGUGGUGCCGGAGCCAGUGCCGGGGGCCGUCCGGUACAUCCUGCACACCAAGCCCGGCCCCGGUCCCCAACUCGUGGAUGACCCCAACCAGCACCUACUGGGAGAGGACGGGCUGCCCCGCCGCUGCGCCUGAGCCCCGGUGACACUGCCGGGGGGUGGGGGGGCUCUGCCGGUGACACCCCGGGGGGGACUCCUGGGGCUGAGUCCAGCCCGGUGCAAAGCUGUCCCCAGCCCCAAGGGCAAGAUGUGACACAUACACACACCCCCCCUGGGUCUGGUUUUUAUUUUUUUGUAAGGAAAUAGAGGGGUUCUGGCUGCAA